AUGAGACAUUCGUUAUGGAGCAGAAAACAGGGAAUAUAUGGGAAAGAGUCAUAUAUGACCGGGAUUUACGCUUCGUACUAUGUUCGCGGUUUACCAGGAAAUCAUCAACAUUAUCUGAAUACAAAUAGCGGUUAUAAACACUGGGACGUUCAUAGUGGAUCAGAAAAUAAUCCAACAUCUCGACUGUUAUUUAAUGCUAUUGUUUCAGAUGAUAAUCCGACACAAAAAUUUGGUUAUUAUUCACCAAUUCUCGAUAUAUUUUAUACAACAACACCAUUGAGCUGUUUACAAGGUUUAUUUCAUAAUGUAGCUUGGGAAAACAUGACACGUGGCUAUCGUACAACGAAAAUAUUACUGUUUUCUGCAGCGUCAUUACAAAUUCAAUCAGCUCAACAAUCUAAAAAUAUUCCAUUUAUAAUACAAUUAGAUUUUCCUGCUCAAGAAACUGGUCUUGCAUUAAAAACAGCACCUAUCAUCAAUGACAACAAAGUUUCAUCAAAAUUUGGUCGUUUACCUUACACAUGA